AUCAUGGCGACGCAGUACCAAGUAUGCUCGCAUGAUCGAUGUAUACUGUGUGUACCCUUAUCGGGUCCAGGGAAAACAACGGAAGGUCAAUUACAAUGUAAGGCCCUAGCAGGCUCUGUCACACUGAACAAUGCUGUUGCUGUACGGUGGGUGGUGGGCACUACGCUUUGCCACCAAUUGGUGGCCUUAGUGCCUGUUAUCGAGGCCUAUAAAACCACCCCAUUUCAGACUGAAUGAUUACAGAACUAACUGGAGCCCACGAGAUAAAAAUCCCUUCCUCCAAUCCUAAGCUAAAUUCAUCAUGGGCUCUGUCAUUUCUGCAAUCGCCUAUUGCACCGGUGUUGUCGCCUUGGCAAUAAUCGGAGUGAUCAUGGCCAUCGUUUGCACCAUCGCAAUCAUCAUCGGCUCAAUUGUAGACAUCAUCCUUGGCAUUCUGUGUUGCAGAUGCUUCUGGCGAACAAGGAUAACAAUAUAUAGUUCCAGAAGCUAUGCUUGAUACCACCAUUAAGCACAUAUAAUGUCGGAGUGUUGAAAUACAUGACGUGGGUUAGCUCCUGCGUGGCAUUCCCAAUA